UUGUCAGCUGUUAACUGUUUACAUAUGUAAAGACUUAAACGUACUUUUGUUUAACUGAAAAUAAAUAUCAGGAAGCUUGUGGAUAUUCCAAGAGCGUGAACCUAAUUAAUUGUUGUGGUAUAUCAAAUCAUUACUCACUUUCAAUUUCGGGUAUAUGAUUACUUGGUGUGCCAGACCAUUAUGUCUGCAGAAACAGAUGCUAUCGACAGGGAUUGCUUAGUUCGCGUGGCAGUGAGGAUUCGACCUCAAAACUCAAGAGAGUUGAUUGACAUGUGUCGGGUGUGCACUACAGUAACCCCUGGCGAACAACAAAUUGUUUUGGGAUCUGAUAAGGCCUUUACAUUUGAUUAUGUGUAUGAUGCGGACUCCAAUCAGUGUGAUAUAUACAGUGAAUGUGUAAAUCGUUUGGUUGAGGGAACCUUACAUGGCUACAAUGCCACGGUACUUGCUUAUGGGCAAACUGGGUCAGGCAAAACAUACACAAUGGGAACAGGAUUUGACCAGGCUUCUGGCGAUCAUCAACUAGGUAUAAUACCACGAGCAAUUCGGCACAUAUUCGCUGGCAUUGAUGGAAUAAAAUGUGCUGAUGAUAAUGACAGUUCCAUUACAAAAUCUGAAUUUAGUGUGGCUGUUCAAUUUAUUGAGCUAUACAACGAAGAGAUUAUCGAUCUCUUAGAUCCAUUUAAUAAAAAUUCAACUUUCAAAAUUCAUGAAAGUGCAAGCGGGCAAAUCACGAUAGCAGGAGCAACUAUAAAACCAAUUAAUGAACCACAAGAUGCUCUCAAAUUGCUUCAGCAAGGUGCUUUAGCACGUACAACCGCAUCGACGAAAAUGAAUGAUCUAUCUUCUCGCUCUCAUGCAGUGUUUACAUUAUUCGUACGGCGUCAGCACGUUUUGGAGUUGAAAAACAAUUUUACUGAUAAUGAAAUUGAGACUUUGACGUCCAAAUUUCAUUUUGUUGAUUUAGCAGGCUCAGAACGGUUGAAACGAACAUUAGCUACAGGAGAACGGGCACGAGAAGGGAUAUCAAUUAACUGUGGAUUGCUUGCUCUUGGGAAUUGCAUUUCAGCGCUGGGUGAUAAGUCAAAGAGAGUUUCCCAUGUGCCUUAUCGCGAUUCAAAAUUAACAAGACUCCUACAAGAUUCAUUAGGAGGUAAUAGUCAAACUCUUAUGAUUGCUUGCAUAUCGCCAAGUGAUCGGGACUUUAUGGAAACAUUAAACACAUUAAAGUAUGCCAAUCGAGCGCGCAAUAUUAAAAACAAAGUGCAAGUAAACCAGGAUCAAAGUUCUCGAACCAUUUCGUUAUUGCGCAGAGAUAUAGCAGCCUUACAAAUUGAACUUUUGGAAUACAAACAGGGAAAACGAGUACUCGACUCUGAAGGAAAUUCUUUAAUAUCGGACACUUUCUAUGAGAAUUCUAUGCUAUUAGCAGAUAACAAACGAUUGCAGCAGCGACUUAAAUCGAUGCAAGAGACUAUUAAUAUAUUAACAGAUAGAAAUGCGCAGCUUAAAUUGGAAAAACAAACUCAUGAAUGGUCAAAAGACAAAAAUGCAGAAUCGGUUGUCACCAGUUUGGUUGGAAGUUAUUUAAGCGAAAUAGAAAAACUGCAAGCAAAAGUAAUAGAAUCUGAAGAUAUGUGUCAGCAAUUAAAAAAAUUUAAUUCUUCUGGGAACUCGCCGCGUGGAUCUAAAAGUGCUUACGAUGAUGCUAAUGCUGUUAUACACUUAGCCAAGAGGGGCCUCGAAAAGGAUCGUGAACUCUUAAUGUCACGUUCAUUACCUGGUAUUCAGAAUGAAAAUGAUCAGCACGACGAUUUAGAGUCUUCCGAUAGUGAAAGUGAUUCGAAUGAAAUGGAAGAAGACUUAAAUGAAAUAAAUUCAGGCAUAGAAAUCAACACGAAGUUAAUUGAACAACUUGAACUUUCACAGCAGAGAAUACAACUUAUGCGGCAACAAUAUGAAGAAAAAUUUACAGCUUUGACUUCAAAAAUUUUAAAUACUCAAAAGGAAAGAGAUGAAGUUUUGGCAAGCAUGGGUUCAGGUUCUGCAAACAAUCCUAGAGACAAUUUAAAAUCUGUUAGAUUGGAGUAUGAACGUAAACUUAACGAUAUGAAUCGGGAAUUGAAAAGAUUACAACAGACUCAACGGGAAUAUAUUCGACAACAAAAGGAACUUAAAACACAAGAAGUAAAAUUAAAGAACCUACGAGCGGAGCUCAAUGAAUUGAAAUGCAGUAAAGUUAAAUUAAUAAAGAAAAUAUCAGAGCAAACAAGCCGUCAUAAGGAGGAAAAUUCAAGAAAAACCCGGGAAAUUGCACAAUUGCGCAAGGAACAGCGACGUCAAACGAAUGCAGUGCUAACACUGCAAGCCAAAAUGAAUGCAAAGGAACAAAUUUUAAAAAGAAAAUCCGAAGAAGUAUCUGCGCUUCGAAAGAGCCAGCGGGGACUUUCAUAUCAAAGAUCGGGAAAACAGUCCAAAACUAAAAUGGAUCAGAUUCGUUCACCACGCCAUCGUUGGGAAACUCUAUCUCGUACUAUACUGCACUCAGCCAGAAACAAACAACUAGUUACUCAGCUAGAAACAGAAUUAGAACGCCUAGUUAAGGAAAGGGAAGAAUUAUCUCAUGAACUAACACGUAUGCAAAAUACUGAAGUUCUGGAGAGAGGAACCGAAUACUCUAAUGAAGAGGACAAUUUAAAAACAAACAUUGGCUAUUUACAAGAAAAUAUUGAACAUGUUCAAAAGGCUAUUAUGGAAUUUGAAGAUGUUAAGGAUCCUGCACAUACUGACACAAAUAAAAUACAGGGUAUUUUCGAAAAAAUAAACACAAUUGAAGAAGCUAAAUAUCUAUUACAAAAAUUAGCUGACAAUGCUAUUUACAUGACAUGCAAUACAUCAAUGAUCGAAAGCCGUAUGCAGGAGCAUGAAGCUUUACUUAAAGAAGCCCAACAUGAAAGUGGCAUACAGCAACAAUUAUUACAAUAUUUUCUGUCAAAUAACACCAAUGUUCAGAUUUCAGAUCUGUUUGACUCGUUAAAUCUUGAUGAUAAGCUUAAUGUAAACAAUUUCUAUAGAAGCUAUUCGCAAAAGUCGUUAGUCAGCAAUGGGACAUACGAUAUUCCACGGGCUGAAGCAUUAGAAUUUCGGUCCCUUACCGAUGAACCCUACAACAAGAGUAGAUGCUCGUCACCCAACACAACACUUGAAACCUCUUCCGACAAGAGUCCCAAAGUGCGCGGGCGCACAGCAAGACGACAGGAUUUGCUUUUUGGAGAUACUGGAUUUCCGAAGUAACAACAAAAGCACAUGAAGCUACAUAUAUGAAAUUAAGUAAUGCGGAUAAUUGGAAUUGACAAUAAAUGUGAAAGAGUUUGCUUUGUUAAUAUUUAC